AUGCAGCAACCACGUACAACACGAAGCUCAGUACUCGGCAAGCGUCCUCAUCAGUCGCCUUCCGAGCCAGCAACACCGUCCACGUCGGAGUGUCCAUCGUCUCCAGCACAGCUGCCCUUCACGCCCGAUUCCACUCCAAAUCCCAAACGCCUUCGGGUAUCCCCUGCUGUGGUAGACGGAGAUGGUAAUAAGGAAAAUGUACCCCCCUUCCUAGUCGAGAUCCUAGGGACUCCUACUUCUAUAAGAUCGCCUCGUACGCUGCGGCGGAAUAGCACAGAAACUGCUAUCAACGCUCGCCUGCGAACGAUUCGUCGGUAUUCUUCAACAUCAAGUCUCGCCGUCGCACCCGAAACCCCAGCCACUGCUUUCAAUCACCUCUCCCUUUUUACACCGCCACCUACGCCACCCUCAGUUCUUCUACCUCUCCAUGUGAGAGUCCGGGCUCUUCUUCGCCCGACAUGUAAUGGUGGCUCAGGCAUGGCUGGCCGAGAAGCUGAGCUCGAUAUCGUUCGCAAUUUCUUGCACGACUUUUCUCAGUGUGACAUGGAUAUUGAGUCCACUUGGUCUGCACUCUACAUAUCGGGGUCGCCCGGUACAGGCAAGACUGCACUGGUCAACACCGCGUUAGAUGCUUUCCGCUCGCAGGCUAAUCGAGACGGCAUAAUCAUUAUGUCUGUGAAUUGCAUGGCCCUUACCAAUCUAGAUGCAGUCUGGGAUAGAUUAGCGGAAGGCUUGCAGGUUGACAAACGACACUCUCGGAAAGGUAAAAAGUCUCGUCAAUCUUCUCGUCAAUGCGUGGAGGCAUUACUCGUGGAGCACAAAACAAAGUGUGUCAUCGUGCUUGAUGAACUUGAUCACAUAGCUUCGAAUUCGCAAUCCCUUGCUUCCAUAUUUUCUUUAGCUCAAUCACACAAAUCGCAAUUGCGGCUCAUUGGCAUCGCAAAUACACACACCUUGACGUCGUCAUCUACUGCCUUCACCCUAGAGUCGACUAAGGGCGUUGAAACCUUACAUUUUGCCCCAUACGCAUCGGAGCAAUUGCUCAGCAUUUUAACAGACCGCCUCGACCCGCUAACUAAUGAUGCGGCUUGUGCUGGGAGGAUGAAGAAGUUCAUACCCCUUCCCUCGAUGACGCUUCUUGCCAAGAAAAUCGCUGCACACACAGGGGAUGUUCGUGCAGCCUUUGAGGUUCUACGGAAUGCUAUCGAUCUGGCUGUUACAUCUAGCAAAACGCCUGACAUGCUGGAUAGUCCUGAUCCCACAAUUACCCCUUCACACAUACUUUCCGCGUUCAAGGCUUUCGCAUCCGUAAAUACCACUCCCCGUCCAAAGAAUAUCGACGGGACAGGAUCUGUCUAUAUGUCGGGAACAUCUGAUGGUGGCUUAGUGACAAAGGUGCGAGAGCUUGGGCUGCACUCGCGUCUUGGUCUUCUCGCCAUGAUGCUGGCUCGGCAACGGAUCGACAUGGGGCUGGCAAUCUCUGGCUCUUCAGUAUCCUCGACGGUAUCCCCUCGAUCGCCCAUCAAACGGUCACACUCGGCUGUUCCGUCUUCGUCCCGCAAGACUUUGGAUAUGGAUAUCACGCAGCUGCAUGCAUUCUAUUCGUCAAUUCUGACUCGCGGCGAUGGUUCCCUUUUUACACCUGUCUCUCGGAGCGAAUUUGGAGAUCUCUUAGGCGUAAUGGAAACAGUCGGUUUGGUUAGCUUGACUUCAAGCUCCAAUAGCUUACCGGGUACGCCGUCAAGAAGGCGAACAUUUCGCCGCACUGCUUCAGUUACCAAUGGCAGUAGUUCCGCCAGCGGGCACGAAGUUCGCUUCGUGGAUGGCAUACGGAUGGAGGAAAUAACUCGUGGGCUGGGGAUUUCGCACCCGGAUACUCCAGCUAACAUCCCCAAUGACGUACGCGAGGAGGAAGUGCGUGCGAUCUGGAAUAGGGAGAACGCGAGGAUGGCGCGCGAAGCGAAGGCAACUGUAACCCGUCAGGAGAGGGACGACACAUUCUCGGGAGCUUUAGAGAACUGA